UUGAUGGCCUUUCAUGAAAGAAAAUUAUUUUAAAAAAGAAAUAUUAAACGUAUAGGCAAAUGUCUUUUCAUUUAGUUUCUUUGUCUUUCUCUAUUCUAAUCUGCUACACUCCAUUUCUCUUUUACAAAGUUUGAACAAAAAUGAAUAAAUCGAAAAUCGUGGAAAGGUAUAUAUAUUUUCUGGUUUUAGGUUCUUGGUUUUCCGUCUCUGAAUCUACUCGGUAAGGCUUAGUUAGAAAAGGUAAGGUUUUUUUUGUUGGGUUCUGAGAAGCUUGCGGCACUAAGGGAGAGGCUAAAUCGAGAAGCACAAACCGAAGGCAGAAGCAAUUCCCAGCAAUGUAAUAGCUAAAUACCAGAGACAGAAGCACAAAAAGCAACCAUUCGCCGUUGAUAAAAAAACAACAAGAAGGUGGGUCUGAUGGUCCUAGUUAGUGGGAAAUCGGAGGUUGUGGUCUUGAAACUAAAGUCUUGGGUUGAUAGAUUUUUGGGAGUUUAAAUGCUCGAACAAAAAAGGGAUUGAAUCGAGGGCGGUGGGUUUUGUGCUUAAACAACAAAAAUCAGGAAGAGAAACAGCCUGUAGACCACGUCAGAGUUUCAUCCAGAGGUUGUGUUGUAGAAUCGAUUACCACGGGUGGCGUUGGAGGAUAAAGAGGAGAGCAGGUGAUUGAGACCGACUUGGUAAGUACCGUUUGUGGGAAAAGUGGUCAUGUUCGAAUACCUAUGCUGGAGUUAAGUUCGUUGCGCUUCAAUGUUUAUCAAUGACAAAAUCCAUCCAUAAGAUAAAUCUUGCUCAUUUUGACUGAGCAUUGACCUCUCCUAAAGCCAUCCAUGUGGCGCCUUGUCAUUUCUCUUUUUUUCUUUUUUUUUUUCCUUCUAUUUCUUUCCCUCUUCCCAUGCCCACGUGACAGCACAAAGUCCUAAAGCCAAAGUGUACAUUCACACCCAACUUAACUCGGCUUCACUUAACAGGCACUCUCCUGUGUUUACAACUUUGGCAAUGGGGUCAAAUUUGGAGAUGGCUAUGUUGAGAUAUUGGCAGCCACACAAACCCCAGGAAAUGCUGGGUGCAAGAAGUAAGGAAAUUGAGGAUGUGCUGAUUCUGUCAGGGGAUCACUUCUAUCGAAUGGACUAUAUGGAUUUUGUUCAGAACCAUCGGCAAAGUGGUGCGGACAUCACCAUUUCUUACCUUCCUACAGAUGAUAGACAUGCCUCAGAUUUUGGUCUAAUGAAGAUAGAUAAUAAAGGAAGGAUUUUGUCCUUCAGUGAAAAGCCCAAGGGACAAAAAUUUAAAGCAAUGGCAGUAGAUACCACAGUUCUGGGACUUUCAAGAGAGGAGGCUAAAAAGAAACCAUAUAUUACUUCCAUGGGAGCUUAUGUCUUCAAGAAGGAGAUAAUUCUAAACCUUUUGAGCUACAAAUUUUUUUUUAUCAAUUAAUUUCCUCUGAAGGAAGCAAAGAAAGAAUAAAAAUCUUGAUCAAGUGAUAAAUUUAACAAUCAUGUAAACAUACACCUGCGAUGUCAAACAUAGAAGCAUAAGUUUUAUAAAAUGUUGUUGACUCAUAUGGCGUUUUCAAUUGCAAAUGACUUUGGGUACAAAAUGCUUUCUAAUUCGGUAUUGAAAGGAAAAUGGUAUUGUGCUUCAUGCUUUCUCCUUUUAUUUAUGGCAAUUUACAAAGCUUUUAUAUAUUGAUUUUAUAAUAUUUAUAUCAGUGUUAUAUACUUAACAAAUUUGAUUAAUUUAUCUUUGAAUACUGAUCACUUAGGUAUGUAAAAUUAGUUGUUUAGAGCUAUGUUUCAAAGAAUUCUAUAGAAUUUUAAAAUUUCAUGAGAUUUUUGAGACACUGAUUAAUGAAAGAUUUAAAUUCCAAAGUCAAACCAUUUAGAAUGCAAAAUCUUAGUAAAGAACUUUUUUCCUUUUAGGUUUAGUCCAACUCAUAGUUAUUUGUUGCUUACUUGCUUUGCAAGUUACAAAUUUUAAAAAAGGUUUCAAAACAACUUGUUUUUGUGACUUUUGAAUAGCAUUAGUUAAAGAAUGGGUUUUUAGAUACAAUAUUUACUGUUUUAAAUCAGAAUUCAAAGACUAUAUGCAUUAAUGACAUUGAUAAGGACUUGGAAGCUCAAGGUUUGAUAGCAAUCUCAAAUAAUUUUCUCAUUUUACAUUUUUAUCUUUGUUUAAUUGAGUGGAUAUACAUUAAUUUAUUGAAUAUAUCAAAUUGAAGGAUGAUCAAAGUAUUGUUAAGAAAAUGUUAACUUUAUAGAUCAAAAUACUAUAAAAAUUCUUUCUUUACCCUUUUUACUUUCUCGUCUUCAAUUUUUUUUCUAUUGAUCUAUAAAAACUCUCUACUUUUGCUAAAAUUUGAUUUUCUUUCAAGUUCUGUUUCUGAGUUUUUCUCAUUCUUUUAUAAAGUUCAUUGAAGUAUAUUAAUCAUAUACCAAUUGUUAAUGGGUUUUCUCUUUUUGUGAUUUCAAAAUUUAUGGAUUUUAUUCUUGCAUCUUAAAGAAUCUUGCCAUAUGUUUUUUGUAUCAUGUAUUUUUAGAAACCUUUGCUACUUUGUCUGGUUUAUAAGAUUAACACAGUGCAUUAUUUGGUUUGCCUGUGAAGUUCAAUAAGGUAUCUUUGAUGCGUAUAUAUUUGUUAGAGUUAAUUUUGUAGUUUCUUGGGAAGUUUUUUUUUUUUUUUUCCCUCUUGUAGUUUUGCUUGGUUGUUGAGAAAAAGUUUGAGCUUUGGAGGAUUUCAUGACAAACCCAAUAAAAGGAUCUUAAUGUUAUAUAGAAGAAAAUUUUUGGGGUUUGAGUUUGGAUUGCAAAAAGACAAUUUUGAUGUUGUGGGAGGCCAAAGUUUAUGGUUUUGAGCUAUAAUUAGUUGUGUAAAAACUGGGUUUCAAAAGUGAGUUAUGAGCGCUUUUAGACAUGCAGAAGAAAAUAACCUGAAAAUUUGAUGAAUUCUGUUUCCAUAUGAGCAGUGCUUCUAGUUAAUGUGGGAAAUGCUUUGUCCUUUCAAGGUUUUUGAAUAAAACCAUAGUCUAUGGCUUGCAAAGCUUCUACAUUCUUUAACAGAUGACAAUCCAGAUUUGUAGAAGCAAAUAGGAUGCAUGAUUGGGGUUUUUCAAAUCUUUGAUCGCCAUCAUAUGCUCACCACUAAGCGCCUCCUAGGGAUGUGUUUAAUCUAAAAUUUUGUCUAAAACUAAUUCUUUUUGCUGAAGUCCACUAAUCACAGAUUGAUGCAAUAGUUUUUGGAUAUUGGAAUUGCGUAUUUGCUUGCUUAUACUGAUGUUUUAUAACUUCAAAAAUUAUUAGGUUUUGGUUUUUUGAAUUUAGGGUUCAUGAUUAUAGUAUGUAAGUUGAUUGAUACAUUGUUUGAAAAAAAUUAUAUUGAUAUCAUAUACUUGACAUUGAAUUCUUGUGGCAACGCACGGGAAUUCUACUAGUAUUUAUAAAUUGAUCUAAUAAAAAACAAUUAAUUUAAAGAAAAUGACUAAAUGAGAAAGUAAGAAAUUGAUGAAAAGAAAAUUUGUUUUUAUUUUUUUCUAUAAUAUUAAUGCCUUUAAAAUAAAAAGGAGUUAGGUGUAAAAGUUGCUCCCUUCUUUCUUGUUAGCUUAUCUCUGUUUCUUUUUUUUUUUUUUUAAUGCUUUUUAAGUUAAGUAAUAGAAUGAGUUGUAGAUUUUAAGAAAUCUUUCAUUACGUCACAUAGCUUCUUUGUUACUUA